AUGAUGCAACCCCUUCGCCGUAUCCUUCAAGAAAACAGUCAAUGUAAAUACUAUCAUACGGCUUAUGCCGCCAAUGCUAAAUUAGCAUUGGGAUCGGUGCAGAUUGACAAGAUGGUGAUCGACGAAACUUACGCCGACAUUACCACGACGUUGAAUGAGAUCUGCUCGUGUUCCCGCAUGGUUUCUGCCGCCAUUGAAAAUCACAGAACCAUCGACGACUAUACCGAAAUUGCGUUGAAAAACCUGGUCAAAAGCAUCAAUGGAUUCCGACAAAGCUGUAACCGACUUUACGACUUUAUUCAAAAGAAGACCAAACAACGAGAUACUACCAUGAAUGAUUUGCCGCUUCAAGACUCGCCCACCAUGGAGCCUUCUUUGAUCGACGACGACUCUCCAUGUGAGAAACUUGUCUCACAACUCGGCAAUGCACUUCAGCACUGUAGCGAGCUUUUGCCUGAUAAUCUGCAGUUGUUGAAGAAAAAGGUACGCAAAUCAAAGCAAAUCUCACCGUCAGAUCUUGUCCUUUCGCAUGUCGAUAUCAUGAUUCUUCUUGCCAGAAUGCAUUUUCAAAUAAGCAUCGAAGAUACAUACCAGCAGGCAUAUGAAUAUCUUGCGACGGCCGAACAGCUAUGCACGGAUACGGGUUUCUCUACGGGUUAUCGAUGGUUAUCAGGGGAAUUCUACGCCAUGGGAGCCAAGAUGGCAGCAGAAAGCAUGUUCUCGACAGCCCGAUAUCCUUUACGCAAAGCAUGUGUCUUGCUGGAGAAAGAUCAUCAUCGUAUCAAUACCGACAGUGGCCGCCUACAACUCUGUAAGCGAUACGAGAUUCUCGGCACAUGUUGCCAAAAGGACGGCCGCUUUGAAGAAGCGGUCAAAGCCUACCGCUUGGCAUUGAAACGUUUGCCGGCUUGUUCCAUUGAAGAGUUUGUUAAAUAUCAUAAUCAAUUGGCCGUGACGCACAUGAUUGAUCGCCAUCCAUUUGUCCCAAAACUGAUUGAUCGAUUUUUACGAACGUCCAUUAUCGAUCCAAAUCAGGAGUCACUGACGCUUGCAAGUGAAAUCAUGGACCUUUCCAGCUUGGAUUCCGCUCAACGAUGCAUCAUCCAAGAAUGCGAGCUAAAAGUGAUCCAUUUCCUGUCUCUCAAGAUGGACUUGAGCAAACUGGAAUCAACGCUCGUGAAUUCCCUGCUUCAUCACUACUCGGCAAAGGAUUAUCCUAUUCGAAGAGCAAGGUAA